AUGGCUACUGCGGCAUCGGUAGGCUCUGCGUUUGAGAAGAUUGGCGUUCAUCUUGAGUGCAGCAUCUGCACAGAUAAAUACAAAAAACCCAAAGUACUGGACUGCCUACACAGCUUCUGUGAGGAAUGUCUGGUGAAAAACCAUGAUGGCAGAUACAGAAGAAAACCAACGUUCCCUUGCCCUGAUUGUCGUCAGGAGACGGCACUUCCCCAGUCUGGCAUACACGGCCUCAGGACCAACUUCCAUUUGGCAGGUUUGAUUGAAGAAUUUGAAUUACAGGAGAAGGUAGCAUGCUCAGUAGACUCGAAGCUUUUCUGUGAGACAUGCGACGAGGAUAACGAGGCCUUGUAUCACUGUUUCGACUGUCGAAAGAAUAUCUGUACGACGUGCCGUAAGGCGCACUUGCGGUUCCCAGUAUCAGCACACCAUGAGGUACCGACUUUAGAUGAAAUUCGUCAGGGGAAGGUCGGUGUGGCACGAAAACACGACGAGUACAAAUGCCACAACCACAAGGACGGUUUGAAGCAAUUCUAUUGCAAGACAUGUGAUGAGCUGAUCUGCCAAGGCUGCACAGUUGUUGAUCAUCCCACUGCCACACAUGACAUCACUGCCAUCGGAACGGCUUCAAGAGAAUACAGAAAGUCACUGAAGAAGGGCUUGCCUGCUUUAGGUAGAGACAUACAAGGCCUCGAGUUGUCUCUGCAAGACACUAUUGAGGCCAAGAAGAUAGUCCAGCACAACAUGGUGAAGGCCCGAAAGGGGGUGCAGGACAGAGCUGCUGAGUUCAUAGCACAGGUUAGAGCUGAAGAAAAACGACUCCUUCUUGAGAUCAAAAGCCAGGAACAGAGGCAAAAUAAGGCACUGCAUGAGCAUGAGAAGACAGUGAGUGACAUGCUGCAGAGAAAGAGGCAUUCACUGAAAACCGGCAACGAACUAACGAGCAGUGCAUCGGAUUCCGAUUUCCUUUCACUCUACCCCGUGAUCAGCAAAGAUUUGACAAAGAUGAGCAAUCAGCAUCUUCCACAGUAUCAUCACAAACUUUGGUAUCUGAGGUUCAACAAGAGUCCGACAGCUGACAUCGAUUUGGGCAAAGUGGAGCAGGAAGGAGACAAGUGGGAACUGCAUCAUGAAUUCGGCAAGCAGGGGAGUGGUGCAGGGGAGUUUGAAUCAGCCAGAGGCAUUGCUGCUGCUGCUCAACCUGACGAGAUUGCAGUGGCCGACUGGAGGAACAAGCGAGUAGUAAUCUGUAACAGCCAUGGACAAACCAAGAGCUCCAUCCUGAUCAAUGCAAAUGACGUUGUUUCUGUAUCGAAUCAGUGGGUGUGUGCUUACCACGGCAAGAUGAUGGUUUACAAUAGGGACACCAAGCCAGCACGUGAUUUUGAUACACUACAGGAGAGUGAGGUUGGCAAGACAGAGGUGCAGCUUACGAGCGUAUCUGUCAUGCCCAAUGGUAACAUCGUGGUGGGUGAUAGGAAAAGGAAGGUGUUGACUGAGCUCGAUCCCAGGAAUGGUGAGAUCCUACACACCAUGCUAGUGAAGAUACGACCCGACUACUUGGCUGUACUGAGCAAUGGUUGGAUUGUGAUCAGUGAUAUUGAAGAGGGACUACUAGCGAUAGUGGAGGUUUCUGAUGGCAAUGCUUUUCCAGUUGCCAUAAUCCAACCAACCAUUGGCGGUAAACCAGUGAAAUACUGCAAGGGUAUAUGCAGCAACAGUUCGGGUAUUUACAUUGCAGUCACUGCCACAGAGUUCGUCAACACCGGUCACAUUCACCACUAUGACUGUACAGGUCAGUUUAUCAGCUGCGUGGCCCAGGGUCUGUACACUCCCUGUGGAAUCACAUUCACAGCUGACAGGCAGCAGCUGGCAGUGGCUGACCUGUACUCAGUCAAGAUCUUUCACAAGGUGUGA